UCCAUAUGCAUGCUAGACAGCACUGGAAAAAGUGACACCCCUGUCUCCAGCAGCAAGUUGAUUAAGCAGUGCAGAUGGGCCUUUUGUGUCGGUGCGAGGUGAGCGUGCGUGAUGUGAAGUGUCUGCGCAGGGUUUGCUGGGAGCCAUGGAGGGGCAGCUGCUGCUGUUACCACCAGUAACCUGAUCCAGCACUAAACAGCUUCUUACAUCUACUGAAGAGGAGGAAGCAAGGGGACAAAAGCCCACGGUUCCGCCUGCCGCUGAAAGAGCCAAAGCAAAGUGCAAGGCUCCGGCGGGUCAGGCAUGGUGGAUCCGGCGGCGGAGCCGGGCGAGGAGAAAUGCACAGACCCAGGCGGCGCAGCUGGAGAUGGGGCGCCCGCGGCAGCAGCGGGCGAAGGGGCCCCGCGUCCGCCGCCGCCAACGCCCGCGGGGGAGCCAGGGAGGCGCCGCGAGCAGUCCCCGCUGCUGCACUUGGACCUCUUCAACUUCGACUGCCCGGAGGCCGAGGGCAGCCGCUACGUGCUCACCAGCCCCCGCUCCCUGGAGGCGUGCGCCCGGUGCGCGGUCAAGCCGGUGGAGCUGCUGCCCAGGGCCCUGAGUGAGCUGGUGAGGGAGGCCCCGGGCAGGUCCAUGCGGGUGGCAGCCGGCCUGUACGAGGUCUACGAGAUGGACCGGCAGAGGAAGCUGCAGCAGUGCCGGGAGGAAAGAGAAAGGAUUAUCCGAGAGGAGAAGAGAAGGAUUUUCACUCCCCUCAUGCUAAGCAGCCUCCCUUCCUCCCCAGCUGCCAGGAUCUCCUUCAAAACCACCACCAAUGGGAGCUGCACCCUAGCUCCAGGGGCAGGGGCUCCUACCGGGACCAAGACCAAGACCAAGAGCCAUUCCCUGGACUCGCUGCAGAAACGGAGGGAGGGGUUCUCCACCAAAACCUCCUCUGAAUCAGGGGCCUCCUCGUCUUACAGCGGAGAAAGCUUUAGGGACAGAUGGCCCAAAGGGACCCCUCGGACUAGGACAGUGGCUGCCAUGAACUCCCUGGUGGGCAGAAGCUUCAGCCUAGGGGAUCUGAGCCACUCCCCACAGACCACAAAGAAAGUGGAGAAGAUCGUCAAGGAGGUGAAGAAGAAGAAAGGUCUCAAGGAGGUGCCCAAGAGGGACAGGAAGAUAGCUGCCCUGAUGAUAGCCAAGCACCAGGAGGAGAACAUCCUGAAUGAGCAGAGGUAUGCCGCCCACCUCCAGUGGGACAGCCAGCGGCGACGGGCAGAGCAGCAGAAAGAGCAGGAAGAGAAAGAGAAGCAGAGGGCUCUGCUGCAGUGCCAAAAGAUGUGGGAGUCCCAGGUUGAGAAGCGCCGUGGGAAGCUGACCCAAGGGCAGAAGGAGGCUACCAUGAUGAAGCAGAGGCAGUGCCUGAUGUACGAAGAGAGGUGGAGGGAGCAGGCGGAGAAGCAAGACAGAAUGAAAAGGGAUAAGCUAGAGAGGGCCGUCCUGGAAGAUAAGCAGAAGAAGCUCCAUCAAGAGCACAACCUGAAGAUAAAGGAAGAAGACAAGAAAGAAUUCCUGGACCGAGAAGAACAGCUUUUGCAGGAUAAGCUGUCCACUGCUGCACAGAAGAAGCUGAAGAAAGAGCUGCAGCUGCAGAAGGAAAAGAAGUUGCUCAACCAAGCUGAGAAGCUGAAGCAUGAGGUCCUGCUCAAGGAACUGGUCAGGCAAGAGGCAGAGGAGAAAGAAAUGCUAAAGGCCUCCCUGGAGGUUAACCUGCACAAGGCCCAGGAGAACUAUGAGCAGCUAAUUGAGAAGAGGAACCAAGAGCUAAGGGAGAAAGCUAAACGGGAGGAGAUGCAAAUCCAGAGGGCCAAGCUGGCAGCCGAGAAGAAGGAGAGGGAGCAGAAGGAGCACUUGGAGGCCCUGGCCAAAGCGACAGAGAGGAGACUCCAGCAUGCUGCCCAGGUGGCUGAGGAGGUGGUCCAACAGAAAGCACGCAAGGUGAUCCUAAGCCGCCUGGAGAAGGAGAAGAUGCAGAAGGUAAACAAGCAGAAGGUGGAGCAGUAUGAGGACUUCCGACGCAGGGAGAUCCUCCUGUCCAUUGAGAGGAAGCUGGAGAGGAGUGAGCAGAUCUUCAAGGAGAAGAAGACUGUCCUGGAAAAUGCCAGGUCGGUUGCCCGGGCAUCCUUCCACAUCCGGGAAAAGGUGCGGGAGGAAACGAACAUGCGCACCUUUGACAAGAUGGUCUCUGAGGCAGAAUUGCAUGCCAGCCUGGAUAAAAAAUGAAAGGUC